GAAAAGACUCUGUAGCUCAGUGGUAGAGCGUACGAUUGCAAUGGGGAACAAGAGUUCUCUUGGCAACAAUCGUGAUGUCCCGUGUUCGAACCACGGCAGGGUCUCUUUUUUAUCUCCAUCCAAUAAAUGACUCUUUUUCGCUGACGCAAGUGCGGGCGCUAGUGCAACCUUUGACUGUUAUGCUGAAACCACCAUCGACUCUGCUCCGUCGGACCCUUCGUUCACGACGCUUACAUGACAUUGCAUCCAAAGAUGCAGCUUCGUCGGUGCAGAUAACGACGUUGCCCAAUAGAAUACGCGUUGCUACAGAGUCGACUCCGGGGUAUUUCUCAUCUGUGGGUCUCUAUGUAGAUGCAGGCUCGCGGUAUGAAUCGCCUUCCACGUCUGGCGUAAGCCAUUUUCUAGAUAGGAUGGCCUUCAAAACAACGAAGACUCGGUCUGAUCUUGAGAUGGCUCAAUCCAUGGACAAACUUGGUGGACAGAUCCUCUGCUCAUCCUCUCGAGAAACCAUUAUGUAUCAGUCGUCCCAUUUUCACAGGGGCACGCCGCUUGCUUUGGAUCUCAUUUCCGAUACUGUUCAAAAUCCAGCCUUUCUUCAGGAGGAAAUAGAAGCUCAAAGGGAUGCUGCGCGCUACGAAAUUCGCGAGGUCAUGUCCAAGCCCGAGAUGUACCUUCCUGAGGUAUUACACGAAGUCGCCUAUGAUAACAAGACCCUUGGAAACCCCUUACUAUGUCCCGAGGAUCGAAUAGACCUCAUGGACGAGCCCACCAUGCGUGGAUUCAUGAGAGAUUGGUAUCUCCCUGAACGUAUGGUGCUCGCGGGAGCAGGUAUGCAGCAUGAAGAACUAGUGGAAUUGGCAGACAAGCACUUCUCGUCUAUCAAGUACGCCCCAGCGCCAUCGCCACAACCCUCGGCGCCACGGUCUAAUGGUUCCACACCUUCUCAAUUCCAUUUUGCUUCAUCAGCUUCUUCGCCGUCACUAUAUAAAACUUUGACCCGAGCGGCAUCUUACUUGUAUCCCAACUCUCCUAUUGCUCAAGAUCCCGUCCCCCUAGUCACGCCUAAUAUACCCCUGCGUGCAACCUACACUGGAGGUCAUAAGUUCCUUCGUAAUGCUACCUCGGAGUUUAAUCACCUCUAUCUUGCUUUCGAGGGUGUUGGGAUCCACGACGACGACGUCUAUACUUUGGCCACUAUACAAGUAUUAUUAGGCGGCGGAGGAAGUUUCUCAGCUGGUACGUAUCGUGGUUCUUAUCUUCUUACGUCGUUAACUAAUGGUUCACUGGUUGCAGGUGGUCCUGGAAAGGGCAUGUACUCCCGAUUAUAUACUCACAUUCUCAACCAUUACCCUCAAGUCGAUCAUUGUGCUUCAUUCCAUCACAUCUAUACCGAUAGCUCGCUCUUCGGUCUUUACGCCAGCUUCGUACCUGCCGCUGGCCGAAACCAAGGCAAUACCCCGGCACAAAUAAUGCCUCACUUAGUACACCAACUAUCGUUACUGUUAUACUCUCCGAUACCCAAGACGGAGCUGGAGCGUGCGAAGAACCAACUCAAGUCAAGUUUGGUGAUGGCGCUUGAGAGUAGGGCGGUCGAAGUGGAGGACUUGGGUCGACAAGUACGAUCUUCAUUUGUCUUAAUCCGUAUAUAUUGCUUAUUUGCUCUUUCACUCAGAUUCUUGUCCACAAUCGUAAAAUACCUGUAUCGGAGAUGUGUGACAGGAUAGAUGAGGUUGACCAUAAGGCUGUUGCUCGAGUCUCAGCCCGUAUCUUCGGCCCUGGGUCGAAGAAGGCAACUGUAGUUUGCAUGGGGAGACAGGAUGUUGGUGAUUGGAGUGGUAUGCUGAAGAAGUACGGUGUUGGAGGAGCAUAACGUAUCUUGACCAUAUCAUAUGUCUGUCGCUUUCCGGCUAUGUACACGCUACACUAUCAGUACAGUAAUUUAUGCUUCAUGCAAGCAGUGCGUCUGGUGAGUAAGAAUUAGAGCAAUAUGUGACUAUGGGGACCUAAGGGUACAGUUGCGGAGUUCGUGG